AUGUCGGAGAGUGUUAACAACUCAGCUACCAUGAAUAAUACACCUGGAAUUAUAAAUAACUCUUCUAUCAAUAUCAACGAAAAUGUUAAUAAAACUGGUAUUGACAAUAAAACUAUCAUGAAUGAUGCGCGCAAUUUGAUAUAUUUUGAUAAUAAUCAUGCAAAUACGGAUAUUUUACUUAAUGCUAGUACUGCAAUAAACAGGAAAUUAAAUAAGGAUAUUAAUACCAUAAAGAGUAGCACUAACAGUGUAAAUAUAGACGGUUCAAUGUAUAUGAACACUAAAAAUUCACCAGCUUUUAUUCCGUGUUUAUCAACGACGCCAUGUUCAAUAAGCAAUAUUAUCUCACCCACCCCAAACUUUGUGAAAACAACAUCCAGUGAUAUUAUAAAUAAUAAUAGUAACAUAACAACGGCCACUAAAAGACCGAAGAAAGUGGCUUGUGUAGAAUGUCGACAGCAGAAGUCAAAAUGCGAUGCAUUUGAAAAGAGCCCUGGUCCAUGUUCUAAAUGCUUAAAAAAAAAAAUUGCGUGUGUUUUAAAAAGAGAUUAUAGAAGGACUUACAAACGUGCCAAGAAUGAAAUUAUUGAAAAAAAAUUUAAAGAGUUGACUGAAUGUUUAGAUUCAGGUUCUCCUGAAUCAAGUGAAAUUGUAAAAAAAGUCCUAUUAGAAAAAUCCAAGCUUUUGGAUAACAGUGUUUUUACAAAGGAUAGAGUAGAAAAAUUGAAGACAAUUGGAGAGAUAGCAUUAUAUGAAGACCUAAUACCAUCAAUUAUCAGCAACAAUAAUAAUAACAACGAUAACAGCAACAACGACGGCAAUAAUGAUAAUAAAUCAAAAAACAAAAGACAAGCUAGAGGAAUAAACAAAGCUGUAAAAGAUGAAGCAUUGAAUCCCAUCAUUGCCUUUCCACAAGAUUUUAGUGGUGAUACUUUGAAUACUGAGUUUAAGGACAAUAUUCCAAUAACAGACAACAGUGAUUCAAUCAACGCCGUAGAUAUUAUUUUAGGAAAAAAGACUUUGGAUUGUUCAGCAAAAACCUUAGGCGAUGUCUUGCUUUCUCCAAAGACUAUUGCAGAAUUAUAUACCGAAUAUGUAACAAAAUACCAUCCAUUUAUGCCUGUCAUAGAUGUCAGUAAGGGUCCGGAAAGAUUAUAUUCACUAUCACCAUGCCUAUUUUGGGUUAUUAUGUUGAUUGCCUUAAGGAGAAAGCCACUAGAUUUCAAUGCAAAUGAUAAAAUUGAAGAUACAAACCAUAAUACAUACAAUAAACUAUCCGCCUUAGUAAAAAGUAUGCUGGCAGAAAUCACCAUAUCACCCAUUAUUAGAUACACACCUACAGAAAGCGAUAAACCAUUAUUGAAUGUAUCAUCUGUUUAUUCAGUGCAGGCCUUUAUAAUCUAUACAUAUUGGCCACCGUUAACUUCAUCAUUAAGUGCAGAUACUUCAUGGCAUACGAUUGGUUCAGCGUGUUUCCAAGCGAUUAGAGUUGGGUUAAAUAGUGCACAGUUUACUACGGAAUAUGCAAAUGCUAAUUUAGAUUUAAUUAAUGAACAAAUAAGGACUUGGAUAUGUUGCAAUAUCGUUUCACAAAUUAUUGCAUCCACCUUUGGUUUCCCCAGUUUUGUUAUAUUUGAUUAUUCUAUAAUAAAUAAUUGCAAAUUGACAAAUUUUACGGAUAAGGGGGGAAAUAAUACAAACGUGAGUAACGUUUGUGUACCUAUUUCAAUAAGACAAAUGUUGCACGUGCAACAUUUUGAAUAUCAAUUGACGCAAACUAUGAAUUGUAAUAAAUUAAACCCUACAGGGUUAAUACUGAACUCAUCUGAAAAAUUACCGUUAUUAAAAGUUUUGAGUCAGCAACUGGAUGAACUAGAGAUCCGAUUGAAAGAUACUAAGAUAGAUGACAAACGGAAAUUUCUUUUGUUGGUUUCUAGAAUUCAUCUAUUAACAUACUACUUUAAUGGAAACGAAGAUGCGGAUAGGGAAAGUGUGUUCGAAACAAAAAGUGGACUAGUUAAAUUAUAUAAUACAUCGAUUGAAUUAUUAAUGCAUGCAAACUGUAUGUUUGAACAUGAUCCAUUAAUAAUUAAAUAUUUCCCUGGGGUUUACGUGCUAAACAUUUGGCAAACUGCAUGCAUCGUCUGCAAAUUGGUACACUCUUCAUUAUCCAGCUUGAUAAAUGUAGAGCAAGGCAUCAAGGCUUAUUCCAUUGCUGUAGACCUGACCUUGAAUGCAUCUGUAGUUAAAUUUGAUUUGGCUUAUAGAUCUUCAAGAAUUAUGAAAAGUAUUUGGGCAAUGUACAAAAAUAUGUUUGAACAAUUUAAUCAAGAUAUAUCCCCAGAUAAAGAUUUUAAUCUAACAUUAACUAUCCAAUCACGUAUGACAGUAUCCGCAUUUUUUGAUUGUCUAUAUGAACUUAAACGACAAUGUGGAACUGCAAAAUUAAGAAGGGAACACAAGCGUAUUUUAUCUAAUACCGUAGGCAAUAAUGGAGGGACACUUAGAAGGGGAACCGUAAAAUCUGUAAAGGAAACAACAGGAGGGGAAGGAAAAGAGAAAGAAGUAUCUAUUAAACAAGAAAAUAUGGCACAGAGUGCGAGAGAGAUUAUUUCCACUGUUCCAUUGGAUCCAGUCCCAAUUAAUGCCCCGAUAAGUAAUCCUAAUAGUACAUUAAAUACACCAUCGCCGACUUCUACCAGUGUUUCAAUUAACAUUCCUUUAACAACCAAUGAUUCUAGGAAGAAUAGUGGAACCAAUAUAUCGAACAAUAAUUUGCAACGGUUGAAAAGCAACUUUGACCAAAUAUUACCGCAUGAUAAUAACAAUAAGAUUUCUCCGUCCUUCCCCUUAAGUAAAUCAUUAUUUAUGAUGAAACAAGACGGCGUACCAAAGAAUUUUGUUAGAAAGGUGUCAAAUAAGAUUAAUAAUAGCAACUCUCCCGAUGGCGGUGGCAGUCACAGUAGCUCCAACGGUAGCACUUCAUUGGAUUUAUUUGAGAAUUGGCAGUCUGAUAUUGUUUGGCAUGACGUUGAUUUGUUGAUGAAUGAAUUUGCGUUUAAUCCCAAUUCAACCAAGAAAACAAUAUUAAUCUUACCAGAUCCAAUAAUGUCCGACUCUUUAGGAAAUACCAUUGAAGAAAAACCCCAAAAUGUUUUAGAUGAAGAAAUUGAAAUCGAAACUGACGGUGAACAAAUCAAACAAAAAAAAACGGUCACCUUUAGUGGGGUGGACGAUGAAAAUGAAGAAAGCGAAGAAGAAAAGAGAAAACGUGAAUAUGAAGAAGGCGGUGGUUUGCCAGAACAACCCUCUAAUCCUGAUUUUACCAAACUAACUCCAUUAUCUCCUCAAAUCAUCAACAGACAAGCCACUAUCAACAUUGGUACUAUCGGACAUGUAGCACAUGGUAAAUCUACCGUUGUCAGAGCUAUCUCUGGUGUCCAAACAGUUCGUUUCAAGGAUGAACUAGAACGUAAUAUUACCAUUAAGUUAGGUUAUGCAAAUGCUAAAAUUUAUAAAUGUCAAGAACCAAGUUGUCCCGAGCCGGAUUGUUAUAGAUCUUUUAAAUCGGAUAAAGAAAUUAAUCCUAAAUGCCAACGUCCUGGCUGUCCAGGUCGUUAUAAAUUAGUUCGCCACGUUUCAUUUGUCGAUUGUCCAGGGCACGAUAUUUUAAUGAGCACAAUGUUGUCAGGUGCUGCAGUCAUGGACGCUGCUCUGUUAUUAAUUGCUGGUAAUGAACCAUGUCCUCAGCCACAAACUUCCGAACAUUUGGCUGCCAUAGAAAUUAUGAAAUUGAAGCAUGUUAUCAUUCUACAAAAUAAAGUCGAUUUAAUGCGGGAAGAAAGUGCUUUCGAACAUGAAAAAUCCAUUUUAAAAUUUAUCAGAGGUACCAUCGCUGACGGCGCCCCAAUAGUCCCAAUAUCCGCACAAUUGAAAUAUAACAUAGAUGCCGUUAACGAAUUUAUUGUCAAAACUAUCCCGGUUCCACCAAGAGAUUUUACUGCUUCACCAAGAUUAAUUGUUAUUCGUUCCUUUGAUGUCAACAAACCAGGUUCAGAAAUCCAAGAUUUAAAAGGUGGUGUUGCUGGUGGGUCUAUUUUAAAUGGUGUUUUCAAAUUAGGCGAUGAGAUUGAAAUCAGACCAGGUAUUGUGACUAAAGACCAACAGGGCAAAAUCCAAUGUAAACCAAUUUUUUCUAAUAUUGUUUCUUUAUUUGCAGAACAUAAUGAUUUGAAGUUUGCUGUUCCUGGUGGCUUGAUCGGUGUCGGUACAAAGGUUGACCCAACUUUGUGUAGGGCAGAUCGUUUAGUUGGUCAAGUUGUUGGUGCCAAAGGUCAUUUACCAAGUAUUUAUACCGAUAUUGAAAUAAAUUACUUUUUAUUGCGUCGUUUAUUAGGUGUAAAAACAGAUGGAUCUAAACAAGCUAAAGUUAGAAAAUUGGAGCCAGGUGAAGUCUUAAUGGUUAAUAUUGGAUCUACAGCUACCGGUGCACGUGUAGUUGCUGUUAGAGCUGAUAUGGCUAGAUUACAAUUAACAUCUCCCGCUUGUACAGAAGUUGAUGAAAAGAUUGCUUUAUCCAGACGUAUUGAAAAGCAUUGGCGUUUAAUUGGUUGGGCUACUAUCAAAAAGGGUACCACAUUAGAACCAAUCUCCAAUUAA